GGAUCGGUUGGCGCGCAUCGCGAAGCAAAACUCGCAGCCGCUGCUGUUUCCAACCUUCUCCCAGCUAGGUGUGGGCGUCGGGCCCGUCGGUGGAACGAAGGACGGUGACCCGGAGGCGCCGAAAACUCCAUUUGAGGGGGAGCACGACCACGCGGCACCAGGGUCGUCUUCUUCAGAGCAUGACUGCAGCGCGACAGCGAGAGGAGACGGAGGUGAUUUUCACGGAACAGUUGGCGGCCACGGUGUGAGAAAUGGUGUCUUUGUUUACCCGCAGCAGCCCAGAAGUUUGGUGCGCAUGAUGAGCGCGGAGCACGCUUCUUCCCCGCGGAACCGACCUGAAAUGGAACUGGCUUACGAGGAGGAUGCGGGGAAUGAGGCUUCCGGGUCCGACAGUUCUUCUGACGAUGACGGUGGGCCGGGCCUCGCGCUCACCCGCAGCACCACGAUACGCACGAGGAGCAACGGGGUCCGCAGUGGCAACAAGUCGCAAAUCGCUCCCCUGUUCGGUGCGCAGACCAUUGGCUCCGCGGGAAAUUCUCCGCGGUUCUCCACGACCAGGUCCAAGCAGCGUGCGCCCGGGUUCUUUGGCACGGGCACCGGCAAGACAUCAAGCACCAACGCCCCCGCGCCCAUUUCCGACAUUGAGGAGCGGCUCCAUCGACACAUCUCGUUGCAGCAUUUGGGCACCACAAGUAGUUCCGCAUCUGCCUCUCCGGCUUCGGGUGGUGAUGGAAGCGAG